AGUGUUUUGGUGAGUCGACUUCGGUCCAGCAGUUAAUUUGGAUCCUUCAGUAGCAGUUGAGCUGUGCAGUGGCGCGGAAGCAUUUCCAGUCGAUUUCAAUCAAGUGGCAGAUUCGGGAAAGGUUUCCUGGGAACCGUGUGGGAAAUUUUGAAAGUGAAAAUUGUGGAAAAUUGUUGUUCUUUUGGAAAAUUUGCGUGCUGAUUUUAUUGCUAACGAAAUUGUGAAAGUGUUUUUUUGCGGAUUAUUCUGAACCGCAAUUGAAAGCUGUCAGUGGGAAAACAAAUAUUCAAAUAAUUGUGAGUUUACUGUGAAGAUGCCAUUCAGUGUGAAUUGAGUGGAAAACAACAAAUCGAGACAGCAACAAAAUCUGAUUUGAAGGGAGUUCAACCAGUUCAAACUACGAAAUAUUGAUAGCAACCAUGGGAGCCGACUCCCAAACAAAGCCGAUGCUCUGUGCCAAAACGGCCGAACUGAUCGAUACCUCCAUCUCCAACACCAAGCAAACCAUGCAGACCUCCACGUGUAGCCAGCUUCCCAGCCUGACAGAACUUCGCGAUGAACUUACCGCACAGGAUUCCACCCUGGAUCCAACUCAGUUCCAAAAAGCCCUCACCAGCUGUAGCAGUCUGGCCCACGAGCAAGAAGUGGACAAAAAGCUGAAAGACAUCGGUUCACACACGCCAAUCCUGCCGUCGGAGAUCGGGACGGAUUUCAACUUCAAACGAGAAAUCGUCUGGAAAAAUGUGAUAGGUUUCGCGGCGUUGCACAUCUGCGGCUGGAUCGGGUUACAUCUGUCGUUCUGGCUGUAUUGUGACUGGCGGACGACGCUCUACUCCUUCUGGUUGAUGUACAUGUCCGGUCAGGGAGUCACGAUGGGUGCCCAUCGGUUAUGGGCCCACCGGGCGUUCAAGGCUUCACCGUGGCUGAGAGUGCUGCUGCUUUGGUUACACACGCUAGCCGGUCAGAACUGCCUGUACGUGUGGGUUCGGGAUCACCGACAACAUCACAAGUUUUCGGAUACUGACGCGGACCCGCACAACGCCAACCGUGGGUUCUUCUUCUCCCACGUCGGUUGGCUGCUGUCCCGCAAACAUCCCAAGGUCGUCGAAUACGGCAAGAAGAUCGACAUGUCCGAUCUGGAAGCUGACCCGCUGAUCAUGUUCCAAAAAAACAACUACAAACUACUCUACACCAUCUUUGCCUUGUUCGCUCCUACGUCCAUCCCGAUCAUCUUCUGGGGCGAAGAUCCCUGGUAUGCUCUGUUCGUUGCCUUCUUCUUCCGUACCGUGAUUAGCUUGAAUGGUACCUGGUCCGUCAACAGCGCCGCUCACAUGUUCGGAACCCGUCCCUACGACAAGACCAUCUGGCCCGUGGAGAACAUGUUCGUAUCCUUUGUGGCUAUGGGCGAAGGUUGGCACAACUACCAUCAUGCCUUCCCGUGGGACUACCGCGCCUCCGAGUACGGAACCCCGCUGAAUCUGACCGGAACGCUGAUCGAUUUGCUUGCCAAGUACGGUCACAUCUGGGAUCGGAAAACAGCCACCAACAACAUGGUAAAAAAUCGUGUCCUUCGCACCGGUGACAAAUCCCACCACACCUACGGAACGGAAGAUGGCCGCAAUGCUUUCACCACGCUGUUUGGCAUCUGGCGCCAUCCAACGAACCCGACAUUCAACUCGAUCUACACGCCGAAGCCGAAGAUCAUCCAGAGCGAUGGCUAUGCUCUGAUCGAGGACGAGCUGAAGAAGUCGGAAAUGGAUGACGAUGUUCUACAGCGCGAGGCCGAGGAACUACUUCGUUGCCAGCGGGAAGAGGAAACCCAGAAGACUGAAGCGAACAAAAUCUACAACAGGCUGUCCCAGUAUAUCAAGGAUCAGCAGCGCCAGCAGGAGCCAUCCAUCCUGAAGGAGGACGAGGAACUGCUGAUGAUGCAGAGCAAUAACAACGUUGACAUGGCUGGCAAGAGCAAGCUUAACGUGAACGGAAUUGAGAAUGUGAUAAAGCGAAAAACCGCUGCAACGCACUAGGGUAGAAAAAUGUGUGAGGGACCUAAGUAGUAGCUUGUAUAGAUUGUGGGAUUUGGGGCCUUUGAAACCAGUAAUAGUACCAUCACCUUAGGAAGAUCAUUUCAGUCCAAACACUAACAGAACUACAUUAGACUCUAAUGUCAUUUCUAGUAAGUUGAAUUCCGAGUACUAACCAUUUAACUAUCGGGACGAGUAACGCACCUGGUACUCCUGUUGUCUCCCAGACUAGCCGACCUGUUUUUAGUUCUACGCAUUCACAGAGACAACGACCGUACGAGAAUGGUACGAGUACGUCUAACUCAACUUAGUAGUUGCUUAAUUCAAUCAUUUCAACAACGAUGUGAUUUCUUUU